GGGCGGCGCCGAAGUUGGGGCCCGCCCUGCAGCUCCGCCCGCUUCGCGCUCCUCAGCGCCCAAAGCCUGCCGAGGACCAGGCCUGACUGGGCCAUGUCGGCGGAGCCUGAGCUCAUUGAGCUGCGAGAGCUGGCACCCGCUGGGUGUGUCGGCCCGGGCCGCACGCGGCUGGAGCGUGCCAACGCGCUGCGCAUCACGCCGGGCACCGCGCGCAACCCCUCAGGGCAGCAGGUCCCUGGCCGCGGCCACCGCUUCCAGCCCGCGGGGCCCACCACGCACACGUGGUGCGACCUCUGCGGCGACUUCAUCUGGGGCGUCGUGCGCAAAGGUCUGCAGUGCGCGCACUGCAAGUUCACCUGCCACUACCGUUGCCGCGCACUCGUCUGCUUGGACUGCUGCGGGCCCCGGGACCUGGGCUGGGAACCCGCGUUGGAGCGGGACACUAACGUGGACGAGCCUGUGGAGUGGGAGACGCCUGACCUUUCUCAGGCUGAGAUUGAGCAGAAGAUCAAGGAAUACAAUGGCCAGAUCAACAGCAACCUCUUCAUGAGCCUGAACAAGGAUGGCUCCUACACAGGCUUCAUCAAGGUUCAGCUGAAGCUGGUACGCCCUGUCUCAGUGCCCUCCAGCAAGAAACCUCCCUCCUUGCAGGAUGCCCGGCGAGGCCCAGGGCGGAGCACAGCAGUGAGACGCCGCACCUCAUUUUACCUGCCUAAGGAUGCUGUCAAGCACCUGCAUGUGCUGUCCCGCACACGGGCACAUGAGGUCAUCGAGGCCCUGCUGCGCAAGUUCUUGGUGGUGGAUGACCCCCGCAAGUUUGCACUCUUUGAGCGGGCAGAGCGUCAUGGCCAAGUGUACUUGCGGAAGCUGUCAGAUGAUGAGCAGCCCCUGCGGCUGCGGCUUCUUGCAGGACCAAGUGAGAAGGCCAUGAGCUUCGUCCUGAAGGAGAAUGACUCUGGGGAGGUGAACUGGGACGCCUUCAGCAUGCCUGAACUACACAACUUCCUGCGCAUCCUGCAGCGGGAAGAGGAGGAGCACCUCCGCCAGAUCCUGCAGAAGUACUCCUAUUGCCGCCAGAAGAUCCAAGAGGCCCUGCACGCCUGCCCCCUGGGAUGACCUCUUGUAUCCCUGGGUGGAAGGAGGAGAGUAGGCAGCGCCAAGAGCGUGCUGUGUGAGUGUGACAGGGCCCAUGGGACCUGAAGAAUGAGUGUGCAUGGAGGCCCUCCCCUACUGGGGAAAUGAGCUCAGAGAACAGGAAGGAGCUCGCCCCCUGUGUCCACCAGUGGGUGUAUCAGGGCAUGGCUCUGUACCCCUCUGGCUCUCGUGUAUUGGGUCAUGGUGGGCCAGGGCUGCCCUGGGAAGCUGCUCCAUGCUUGCAGCAGGGAUGGAGCAGACAAGAAAUCUUAAUUUGUGUCUCAGGUAUGAGAAUCUUGGAGACCCUACAAAUAGAACGGAUCAUGUUUGCAGGGGUGAGGGACCUCAUCUAUGGAGAAAGGCUGUAUGUUUGGGUCUUGGGUAGGGUCUCAGGAUAACCCUAUCAGAGCCAAGGGUGGGUGCUCAGAAUAAGGCAGGCAUCAAGGAAGAAUCUAGGUUUCUCUCUUCAUUGCCUGCUGGCUCACAGUGCCUCAGUGCCUCCAAGGAGGAUGUCCCUGGGCCAGGGUCUGUGUGAAUGUGGGCACUGGUCCAAGUCCAUACCUUGUUUGCCAGCCAGUCAAAGCCAGGGUCUCUCCCUCAGGUAUUUUGAUGAAGUGCGCGAAUGUAUGUAAUGUUUUGUGGCCUCAGCUGAAUGCCUCCUGUGGGGAAAGGGGUUGGGGUAACAGUCAUCAUCAGGGCCUGGGGCCUGAGAGAAUUGGCUGAAUAAAGAUUAAGAAUACUCCUG